UUAGUGGUGUUCGGUGUAAUUAUUUUAUUUGUAGGAUUAUAGGAUUAAAAUGUAAAACCGAAUUCUUUUAAUUAAUUAAAUCGCAUUGUGUAUGUGCUGUAUACGUUUAGGGAGUUACAAACGUUUAAUGGAGUCAAUAUAAACAUAUAAAUACUAACUAACACGUGCUAAGAAGUUGGGUUAGAAAUACUGCUUCUCGUUUCUAAAAUAUAUAAAAUUAAUCAAAAUUAAUUAAAAUGUCUGAAGCGGAAAAUGUGGAUACCGAAACGAACUCCAAAUACAAAGAUGGUGUCAACAAAAAUGCCAGAUUAAUUAUAAAAAACGUAUCAUUCAAAGCUACUGAAAAUAGUCUGAAAGAGCAUUUUUCUCAAUAUGGCAAAGUGGAAGAGAUUAAUUUGUUAAAGAAACCGGACGGAAAGCUUGUAGGCUCAGCAUUUGUGCAUUAUACUCAAGUUCCCAUGGCUCAAAAAGCUCUGGUUGCCACAAAUAAGAAACCAUUCUUAGGUCGCCCUAUAUUUGUUUCUUGGGCUGUGCCUAAACAUAAAUACAAUGAGGAAGAAAAUAAAAAGGGAAAACCCACAAGAUAUUUCAACUAUGAUCUGACUGAUGACUCUAAACCUGACAUCAAAACUGAAGAUGAGACAGAAGAUAAAAAGAACAUUAAAGAAGACAAAAACCAGAUCAGAUUAAACAGGAGAGCUCGCCUCAUAAUACGUAACAUAUCAUUCAAAGCCACAGAAGAAACAUUGAAACAGCAUUUCGAGCCAUACGGAGUUGUGCAAGAGGUCAGUUUGCUGAAGAAACCUGAUGGAAAGAUGGUUGGCUGUGGGUUUGUGCUGUUCAAGAAUGUGCAAAUGGCUAAAGAGGCGUUGUCUAAUACUAACAUGAAACCAUUUUUAGGCCGACCAAUAUCAGUGGAUUGGGCGGUCCCAAAGAAUCAGUACAUGCAGCAUGUGGUAAACAAACAAAUAGAGUUGGAGGAUAGCAUUAAGAAGGAAGAGUCUGACAGUGAUGAUGACACUCCCAUGAAUGUGUCCACAGAUGAUGUUAAAGAUGAGAUUAAGAGUGAAUCUGGAGAUAGUAGUGAUGGUGAGGAUGCGAGUGAUUCUGAAGAAGACAAAGUAAAAUCUGAGGAUGACGAUGAUAAUGAUGAAGAGGAUAGUGCUGGUGAUGAGAGUGAUGAGGAGGAUGAGGAUGAGGAUGAUGAUAAGGAGGCAGGGGAUCCAGAAGAUGACGACGGGAAGAGUGUUACCAGCACACAGCCAGAUUUUAAACGGGUAAAGCUAAACGAUGCUGAAGACGGCUGCACAGUGUUCCUGACGAACAUACCCUUCUCAGUCAACAACGAGCAGUUGCAAGCGUUCGCAGAGACCACCGGCCCCGUCAAGUACGCUCUCAUCUGUGUGGACAAACUCACUGAACACUCCAAAGGGUCUGGAUUCGUUAAAUUUGUUAACAAAGAUGACGCGGAGAGUUUCCUGUCCCUCCCGGCGGAGCAGUUGCGUCUGGAAGGCCAGGUGCUGCAGGUCAAGCCGGCUCUGAAGAGGGAGAACCUGCAGAAGGGGGACAAGAAGCAGCCCAAGGACAACCGGAACCUGUACCUUGUUAAGGAGGGAGUGAUCGUGGCGGGCACGAAGGCGGCGCUGGGCGUGUCUGCCUCCGACAUGUCCAAACGUCUCACGCUGGAGCGAAGCAAGACCCAGAUGCUCAAGAACUUGAACAGAUUCGUAUCCCGCUACCGCAUAGUAGUGUCGAACCUGCCGCCUCACUACGACGACAGCGCGCUGCGCAGAGUGUGCGCGCGCGAGGCGGGCGAGCGCGCCGUCGUCACCGAGUGCCGCGUCAUGAGGGACCUGCGCGCGCCGCUGGCCAGGGACGGGAAGCAUCCGUCAAAGGGUUACGGCUUCGUCAUGUUCACUCGCCACGAAGAUGCUCUGCUGUGUCUGAGGAAACUGAACAACAAUCCCGAUAUAUUCGACAAAAAUAAUAGACCCAUCGUAUCUUUCUCAAUCGAAGACCGAACAGCCCUGAACGCAAGAAAGAAGAGAUUAGAGAAGUCAAUAGCAAAUAAUCCGUUAGCAAGUCAAGGCAAAGAACAAGAGAAUCCAAGAAAAAAUAGAAAAAGAAAACACAAUUCCGCGCCAGACGAGAGUUACAUGAAAAAAGGACGAUUCGAUAAAGCCAAACAAGACAACAAGAAUAAGCAAAAUGGAUUUGGAAACAAAAAUAACGAGCAAUAUGAGUUAAGAAAGAAUAGACAAAAUAAAUUUGGGAAGAGAAAUAACCAAAACAAUGACAACAGCGUUGGAAAGUUUGUCAGAAGGCCAAUAGACGAUGUAGAGUAUGCAGGUUUAACAGCCAAAGAGGGUAGUCAACAUAAAAUGCGAAGUAACCAUAAACUGAAAACCCAAGCCGAUGUCCAUAGACAAAAUGUUAAACAAGAGAAGAAAAUGAACAAGAAGAGCCAAAGACUAAAGAUGGCUGCCCGCGAGAGAAUAAAACAGCCUAAGCAGAAGAUUAAUAAGAAUAAAAUCGGUAAACGUAACAAGAAAAGGAAGUUCAAUGAAAAAUUAAUGUAAUUAAACACAAAUUGUUUUGUAAAAAAUGUAUAUUAAAAAUACCACCAAUAUAUUAUA